AUGGAAGGAGAUCAAUUCAUAAUACUAAAGUAUGGCAAAGACCCAGAGGACAGUACAAUACAAAAAUAUUUAGAUCCGCAACUAGCACAGAUGGUAGAAAACGGGCAACUAAGAAAGACCUACGUCGAUAUAAUUAAAAAUAUAAAAAAAGAAGUAGAUAUAGAAGAAUUAGUAGUAGAAAAAAUUAACAAAACAAAAAAUGAGGAAGUAGAGGUAAGAAUUAAAGGUACGGAAGAAAACGCAAAGCUUCAAUUUAGGCAACUGCUUACAACAAAAAUGAAGGCAUAUGCAGAGGUAGGUAUAAGGAAACGAAACCAACCCGUUAUUAUUCUAGAUAUAGACGAAACGACACAAGAAGGUGUUAAAGAUGUAAUCCAGAGAGAACUAGAAAAAGGCAAAAACUGGAAAUAA